AUGAGGGGGAAGGAGAAGAGGGACGCGGAAAGAGAAGACACGCGCGCCGGUCCUCAUACCUCACGUGCUCCUGGGGUCUCGGCGCCCCGCGGCAAAGAGCCGCGUCAGUGGGCUGGAGCGCCGGGGUCCCCCGCCGCCGCGGGAAGCGCGGAACCCCGCCACUUCCGCCUCGAGAGCGGCGCUUCCGGCCGGGGCGGAGCGGCCCGCGCUCCCAGGCCCCGCCCACUGCGCGGCCCCGCCCCGGAGGGUGCCCGUUUCCCACGCCCCGCCUGUUCCCCGCGCGCCUCCCUCCGGGUCUCCGGCUCGGCCAGCCCAGGUCCUAACAACGUGGCCGCGGCCGCUGACAAGCCGGUCGGUCAGAGGCCCCCGGGCGGAAACGGCGCGUGCCGCACCCCACCACUGGCCAUCAGACCCCGCGGCGAGCGUCAGGGCGCCCUGUCUCCCGGCUGGGAGACCCACAGUCCCGCGAGGGCCCCGGGGCCCCUCCGUCCCUCCCCGCUCCCUCGCACCUCACCGCGGGCUCUAAAGUACACCGUCCGGGAGCAAGCCCUCGGCUCCGGAACCCGGCGUCCAGGACGGGCCACGUGCCCCCGGCUGGCGCGCUCCCCGCCCCCGGGGAGGAGCCGGCCGGCUCCCGGCCCCUCGGCCCGAGGCCGGGCGCCCGCGGCGUUCCCGGCGCCUCCCCGGCCGGCCCCCGCCCCGCGCCCGCCCUCCGCCUUGCAGGCCCUUCCCGCCGCCUCACCCGGCCCGCCCGUCUGUCUUUCCAGUCUGGCCGGCGUUGGCCGCACGCUCGGCGGCUCGGGCCGUGGGACCGGGGGCGGCCCGGGGUGCAGGGAGGCCCCACUCCCGCUGCGCGCCUCUCCCCGCAUGGGGACCUGGGAGGGGGGGCCCCAGGAGGCGUGCAGGCAGCUGCGCCCUUGGCUGGGGGUCACGUCCACCUUCCCGAGAAGGACAGACUGUCCCGGUGCCCAGUGUUUCCGGAGCGGCAUCCCAGCCCUGGGCCCCGCGGCAGCUCGCCGGGAGCGGGAGUGCCCGGUUCCCGCCGGGAAGCUGCGGGCGGGGCCGGCCGGGCUCCCGGGACCCUUACCCUGCCAGUCUUUGGUCACGCCCUUUUCAGAAAUUCUCGGCUGGUAA